AAAAUUAGAGUGAAGAUAAUGAAGAGCUUGAAUAUUGUCAUCCUUUGCUGCCUCAAUCUCUCAUUCUCUAUUCUGUUUAAUUCUGUUGCUUCAACCUUAUUGUUUCAGGGAUUUAACUGGGAAUCAUGCAAUAAGCAAGGUGGAUUAUAUAACUCACUCUUGAACUCUAUAGAUGAUUUAGCUAGAGCAGGAAUUACCCACAUUUGGCUUCCGCCACCAUCUCACUCUGUUGCACCUCAAGGAUAUUUGCAUGGAAGAUUAUAUGAUCUUGAUGCAUCUACAUAUGGAAGUGAGACUCAGUUGAAGACCUUGAUCAAUGCCUUUCACAAGAAAGGAAUUAAAUGUGUUGCUGAUAUAGUGAUAAAUCACAGAUGCGCUGAUAAGAAAGACAAAAGAGGAAUAUAUAGUAUUUUUGAAGGUGGAACAACAGAUGAUCGCCUAGAUUGGGGACCUUGGGCUAUAUGCAGGGAUGACACUCAAUAUUCUGAUGGUAGUGGGAAUUUAGACACCGGAGCCGAUUAUGGUGCUGCUCCUGAUAUAGAUCAUCUUAAUCCAAGAGUACAAAAGGAGUUAGUAGAUUGGAUGAAAUGGCUUAAAUCAGAAAUUGGAUUUGAUGGGUGGAGAUUUGAUUUUGUUAAAGGAUAUGCUCCUAGCAUCAUGAAAAUUUACAUGGAAAAGACUACACCUGAUUUUGCAGUUGUAGAGCUUUGGGAUUCCAUCAAUUCUGACUCAGAUGGAAGACCAGACUAUGAUCAAGACGGGCAUAGAAAUAAACUAGCGCGAUGGGUAGAAGCUGCAGGUGGUGGUGGUGGUGCUAGUGCUAUUGCUGCAUUUGAUUUUACUACCAAAGGUGUUCUUCAAGCUGCUGUGCAAGGAGAAUGGUGGAGAAUGAAAGAUUCUGAAGGCAAGCCCACUGGAUUGAUAAGAAUUAUGCCAAAAAACGCUGUUACUUUCAUCGAUAAUCAUGACACUGGCUCUACACAACAACUCUGGCCAUUUCCAUCUGAUAAAGUCACGCAAGGAUAUGCUUAUAUCUUAACUCACCCGGGAAUUCCAUCAAUAUUUUAUGACCAUUUCUUUGAAUGGGGCAUUAAGGAAGAGAUCGCUAAACUGGCUUCGAUUAGGCUAAGAAACAUGAUUAAUGGAUCAAGUGGUGUGAACAUAAUGGCCUCUGAUGCAGAUUUAUACGUUGCAAUGAUUGAUGAAAAAGUUAUUGUUAAGAUUGGACCAAGAUACAAUGUCGGAAAUCUAAUUCCCUCAAAUUUUAAAAUUUCUACUUCAGGAAAGGAUUAUGCUGUUUGGGAAAAGCAAGGUUAAGACAUACUUAUGCACUAUGCAAAUUCAAUAUUUGCACCAUGUUUAAUAUUUAUGAUAAUUUGAAGGGGAAGGGGAUUAAUGAGUUAAUGGUCUAGAUUUACUUGUGUUUGGUUCACUAAUUUUAGGUAUGAGGUAUGGGUUUGGAAUGAACAAAACUCAUACCUAGUGUUUGUUUAACUUAUUUCUAAAUUUUAAACCCAUACCUCAAACCUAUAAGGUAUGGGGUUUAGAAACCCAUGGGGGUAGGUGGGUAUGGCUCAUACCUUACCUCUAGGUAUCAAAUAAAAGAACAUUUUUCAUUCCUAAAUGAAACCAAACACAAGGUAUUAAGUAUCAAGUUCCGAACCCAUACCACAUUGAUUUCAUUCCUAAUUCCAAACCCAUACCAUUAUAUGAACCAAACGCCCCCUCAGUAUAAUCUACGAUUUAUUAAUGUUGUGAUGUAAAAUAUUCUCUUUAAAUAAGAAGGUUAGCAAU